AUGGCGUCGUUCACGGGGACGCAGAGCAAGUGCAAGGCGUGCGCCAAGACGGUGUACCCCAUGGAGCAGCUCACGGCCAACGGCAUCAUCUUCCACCGGGCCUGCUUCAGAUGCGCGCACUGCAAAGCCACCAUUUCGCUGAACUCGUUCGCGGCGAUCGAGGGCGUGCCGUACUGCAAGCCGCACUUCGAGCAGCUAUUCAAGCAGACGGGGUCGUACACGCGCAGCUUCGAGGGCGCCAUCAAGGCCGAGAAGGACUCCACGCCCCCCCCCGAGAGCCUCACGCCGUCAGCAGUGGUCAAGGCAACCGAGAAGCGGUCGACGCCCAGCCCCCUGGCGCUCAAGUUCGGCGGCACGCAGGACAAGUGCAAGGUCUGCAGCAAGACCGUGUACCCGCUUGAAAAGCCCAUCCUCACCACACGCUCUGCCCUGCCUUGCUCCCCCCGUGUGCCUGCCUGUGCAUGUUCCAUGCAGCAGAUCACCGUGGAAGCGGCUGAUCUCACCACCACACGCCAGCUUCUCUAUAAGUCUUUCCAGCUCCACUGGUAUAAGCUUGCGAAUUACACCUCCCGUGCACCCUCACCAAACCUCUUCCCUGUCCCCCCCGUUCUCCCCAUCCCUGCCCAUGCCUCUGCUCCCACACAACAGAUCAGUGUGGAGGGAGUGACGUACCACAAGCAGUGCUUCCGGUGCGUGCACAGCAACUGCAGCCUGACCACGUCCAACUACGCGGCGCUGAACGGCAGCCUGUACUGCAAGCACCACUACAACCAGCUCUUCCUCGUCAAGGGCACCUACAGCAACAUCAACAAGUCCGCUGCUGUCGCCGCUGCCCUAGGCGUGCCUGCAGAGGAGAGCGCCGCAGCGCCGGCUGAUGGUAGCGGUGGUGGCGGAGACGCGGAUGGUGGUAGUGGCAGUGCCGCAGUGCCAUGUCUACGUGCUGCCACGCUGCACAGAGUUGAGCACAUGAGAAGUUGA